AUGCAGUCCUUCGACAAUGCGAGGCGGGGGCCACUGGGCGCUCUGUGUCUUCUCUUCCAGCACCGCGGGCUCUCGAUUGCCUCCCUGGGGGCUAUCGUUACCAUACUUGCGAUGGCUUUAGAUCCAUUUGUGCAGCAGAUUCUAAGCUACCCCGUUCAACAAACUCCAGGUAUCACGGCCCAAGCCACGAUGUCCCAAGCACAGACCUUUGCGCCCAACGCGAACUACACUUCCUUCUCUCAAUACUAA